UUCCGGAAGCAGGCAAAGCCUGAGCACAGGAUUGCUACAAGCCCUGGCCUUUCCACCCUCUCUGGGACUGUCCUGAAAGGUAAGGUAAACGUGCUACACUACAGGUCAUGCCAGCGCUCUGACGCCACAUUGUGUGCCGUGGGCCGCUUAGGGCGGUCUCCGCCCGCCUUCUGGGCACCACUAGGGCCCGCCGCCGAGGGCGUACCGCUCGGGACCCCAGCCGGAGUCUCAGAGGAGCGUUGUGCAGCAAGGCCAAGGGCACAGCCAGAGCUCCCAGAGUCCAGCCCCUAGGGUCGUCCUCCCCACCAGCCAGAGACCCGCCCACAGCCCGUAGAACGCCCCGCCUGCAGCCCGCCCCCGCCAUCUGCGCUCCGCUCCGCCGGCUCCCGAGCCUUCAGCCUUUGGUGAUUUCCAGGACCUAAGGUUUCGGUUUUAUCUUCGGGGCUGCUUCACCCGGAGACAGACAUCUGGCUUCUGUGAGUUUGGGGAGGAGUUCCUGGUCCCCUCGAGGUCCUGCCCCAUUGCCUGCUGAUGGUUGAAACACUGGACUGGUUUCCAACUACUCCACCCGUUCCAUCGCUAGUCCUCCGGUGGACGAUGGGAUGCCUUGUUUGUGGCUGUUCGUGCCAGAGCUUCCUAGCAGACCGUGCAGGGCUCCUUCAUUCCUAAACCCCACUGUGUAACGAAAAAAAAACAAAAAACAAAAAACAGAAAUGAGAACAGGCCCAACUGGGCUUGGCACUGAACUUGGCCACCUGGAGCUUCCGCUGCCCACUACAAGAUGUCAGCAAGGUUCAGGACAGGAGAGGCCUAAGGCUUCUUUGGCUUGUGACCUUCAGCAGAUGUCUGCCGCUUCCAGCAUGAGAGUCUUCUUGCCUGUGCUGCUGGCAGCCCUUCUGGGUGUGGAACAAGUCCAUUCCCUGAUGUGCUUCUCCUGCACCGAUCAGAAGAACAAUAUCAAUUGCCUAUGGCCGGUAUCAUGCUCCAGCACAGACAAUUACUGUAUCACGUUAUCUGCUGCCGCGGGCUUCGGGAAUGUCAACCUUGGCUACACCCUGAAUAAGGGUUGCUCCCCCACCUGCCCCCGUGAAAACAUCAAUAUUAACCUCGGUGUGGCGUCCGUGAAUAGCUACUGCUGCCAGAGCUCCUUCUGCAAUUUCAGCACGGCUGGCCUUGGACUUCGUGCUAGUAUCCCACUGCUGGGCCUUGGACUCCUGCUCAGCUUGUUGGCUGUGCUGCGGCUGAGCCCCUGACCGCCCCCAUGUGUUCCCCACAUCCCCCCAGCUCAGGAAGAAAAGCCCAGCUCCUUUUAGGUCCCAGGGGACCCUAGGAGCCUUCAGCUCCUCCUGGGUGUGUCUAGUUCCCCUUCACACUCUCUCAGCAUCAGGGCUAAGUACCAAAUUCACCCAUAUCUGCUCUGUUGAAAUGGUACUGGCUACCCUUGCUUCCAGAGCCAGUCUUAUAACCUCCUUUGGGGAACCAGGGAAGGGGUGAAGAUCUCCUUGGAAUCUCAAGAGUACAGAGUCAGCCUUGAGUCCUGAAGGCACAAUGACAAGGAUGUCUAACCCAAAUGAAUGUGCACCUGUGUUGCUCACGGUAUCCGUGUGUGAAUGAAGCCGCUAGGAUUCUGGGAUGGGUAAAGAAGACCUGAAAGAUUCUAGAGCAGAAGGCCUGUGUCUCCAUCAAAACCUCUUCCCCUGGAAUUACUGUACUCAUGUUGCAUUCCCUGUGCAGGAGGCUGCUCACAGAGGGCUGCCAUCCCUCCAGAUGAAGGCUCCAACCCCCAGAUCCAGUCCCUCCCUGCCCUCUCUGCCCGCACUGGCUUCCUGCUGCUAUUCUAGUGCCUCAAAUAAACUGUUCCCACCCGUU